CUCUAUAGUCUGUUCUUCCUCAGCGUCGAAAAAUAAAUGCAAAUUUUGGUAAGAAAAACAAAAUUGCAAAAAUAAAAUCUGGUAUUUAGAUAAGUAUAAUUUUUUUAAGCGAAAACAAAGACAGCAAAAAUCAGGAUUUUUUCACAUUUUCCUACAAGUCAGUCAACACGCAAUAAACUCAACGGAAUAUAAAUAAAAAAUAAUAAUUUGCUCUUUAUUGCAUUUACGCCAACAUGCAAAACGCCGAUUUGGAGGCCUUGGCCGCCGUAGAAAAAGAGCUGGAUCGAGUCGUAUCUAAAUUUACAGAUAUACGAGAAAAUGCAGCAGCUGAAAUCGCCGAUGUCGCCACAUUGUUGGAAGAAUUGCUGAAAGUGCUCAACAAAGCCGAGCAAGAGAUGACUGGCACCAUAAAUACCAGCACACAGGUAGAUGCACCUUCUGAUGUAGAUGACCCAAUGGCUGAUGAGGCUGAAAUGCAAGUGGAAAUGGAGCCGGCCAAGCCACGGCUUAACGAGUGCCAAGUCAAACAUGUGUUGGACACACUUCACAAAGCCAACGAAAAGCUACAACGACUUUCGGCAGAACACCGUGAUUUACACGGUGCCGUCUCAAAAGUGGGCAAAGUUAUCGAUCGCAACUUCGUUUCCGAUUUCACAGCCACAACACGAGUUGAUGCGCUACAAGACGAAGACAACUUGAUGUUUCUAAAUAAAGUAAUGGCAAAACAUUAUUGUCGUCAGGGUAUGGAUGAUGUGGCACGUUUACUUAUUAAGGAGUCGGGCAUGCCCGAGGAAAUGGCACAAGAAGUGUUUGACUCGGAGAGCAGUUUCGCCGAAAUCUAUCGCAUUUGGAAAGGUAUACAGCAGCAAGAGUUGGGUCCGGCGCUGGAGUGGGCCACGCGCUAUUCUAACGAGUUGAUUGCCAAAAACUCUACACUGGAAUUCAAAUUACACCGUUUAGCAUUUUUGCAAAUAAUGUCGCGCGGUAUUGGCGCACAGGCAGAGGGGAUUGCUUACGCGCGCAAGAAUUUUAACAAAUUUAUUGAUCGUUUUGAACAUGAAAUACCAAAUUUAAUGGGCUGCUUCAUUUACUUGCCCAUGGGCAUAGACAAGUCGCCGUAUAAGCAUUUGAUCUCACCACAAGUGUGGAUGGAGGCAUCCUAUGUAUUUAUGAAGGAUGCAUGCCAUACGUUGGGUAUCAGCAAAAACUCGGCAUUAUCGGUUGUCAUUAAUGCUGGAUGUACAGCAUUACCGGCGCUACUCAAUAUCAAACAGGUGAUGCAGUCACGUCAAGUGUUAAGCAUUUGGAAUGCACGCGAUGAAUUGCCGAUAGAGAUUGAUCUUGAUGCAGAGUAUCGUUACCAUUCAAUUUUUGCCUGUCCCAUAUUGCGACAGCAAACAACGGAAGAUAAUCCGCCAAAGCGAUUGACCUGUGGACAUGUCAUCUCCAACGAUGCAUUGCACAAGCUGAGUAAUGGUCAUAUACUCAAAUGCCCCUACUGCCCUGUCGAGCAGAAUGCCGAUGACGCUGUGCGAAUCUACUUUUAAAAAACGCGCGUGCACACAUUUAUUUCUAAAAAAAUACAUAAGUCUUCUAUACUUGUUUCAUUGAAGAGCAUUAAUUAAUAUCAUUAUAUUAUAUUUACGAAUAUGUAAUUAGUAUGAAGUAAAACAAAAAAAAAAAAACAAAAAUAAGAAACGGACAACUUCUGUCACAUCUGUUCUAAUUAUAUUAGUAGGAUAUUCGAUGCAGAUUUGAAUUGUAGUUAUUUAAGUUAACCUAAAUAACGUGUUUAAAGGAAUUAUGUACUGUUUU